GAGCAGUCGCUCUACCCGGUCGCGGUCCUCAUCGACGAGCUGAAGCACGAGGACAUUCAGCUGCGCCUCAACUCGAUCCGAAGACUCUCGACGAUCGCCGUCGCACUCGGGCCGGAGCGCACGCGAAACGAGCUGAUUCCCUUCCUCAACGAGUCAAUCGACGAUGAGGACGAGGUGCUCGUUGCGCUCGCCGAGGAGCUGGGCGGAUUCGUCGAGUACGUGGGCGGGCUCGAGUACGCCCCCGUCCUCCUCGGGCCGCUCGAGACGCUCGCCACGGUCGAGGAGACGCUCGUGCGCGACAAGUCGGUCGAGGCGCUCAACAAAGUGUCGCGGCAGGUGCCGGUGGCGCACCUGCUCGAGCACCUGGUGCCGCUGGUGCUGCGGCUCCAGGCCAACGACUGGUUCACCUCCCGUAUCUCCGCCUGCGGCCUCUUUGCCGCCGCAUACGGCGAGCAGCCGCGCCUCCCCUCCUCUCCUCUCCUCUCUCCACAACCCACCUCUCUCUCCGCUCCUCUCUCCGCGGAGAUCCGCGCCUCCUUCACGCAGCUCUGCCACGACGACACGCCCAUGGUGAGGCGCGCCGCCGCCUCCAACCUCGGCUCUCGACAGCUCGCCCAGCCCCACGGGCGCCUGCCCCGACCCCUUGUCGGACCCCCUCUCGGACUCUUCCUGCAGGUGCGGCUGCUCGCAGUCGAGAACUGCGUCGGCGUCGGACAGCUCCUCUCCGUGAGCGCGAACCAGGCCGUCGUGCUGCCCAUCGUGCGGUCCGUGUCGCAAGACCGGUCGUGGCGCGUCCGCCGAGAUCCAGCCGAGAUCCAGCCGAUCUCCAGCCGAGCUCCAGCCGAGCUCCAGCCGAGAUCCAGCCGAGAUCCAGCCGAGAUCCACCGGUCGAGGGAGGGCGACCCCGAGGCGGAGGUACGCACCGCGGCGGCAGUCAAGCUCGCCGCCUUCUCCCGCAUGCUCGCGCCGGAGCUCGUCGUCAGCCAGAUUCUGCCGGCGGUGGCGGAGCUGUGCAGCGACGGGUCGCAGCACGUCCGCGCGUCUCUCGCGUCGGACAUCAUGGGCCUCGCGCCGCUGGUCGGCAAGGGCGCGACCAUCGAGACGCUGCUCCCGCUCUUCCUGCAGCUGCUCAAAGACGAGUUCCCCGAGGCGGCGCCGCCGCAUCCCGCCCGCUCCCGCCCGCGCAGCGCCGUGCGCCUCAACCUGAUCGGCGCGCUGCCCGCGGUCAACGCCCUGCUCGGCGUCGAGCUGCUCGCGACGGCGCUGCUGCCCGCCAUCGAAGAGCUCGCCGAGGACCGGCAGUGGCGCGUGCGCCUCGCGGUGGUCGACUGCAUGCCUCCGCUCGCCGCGCAGCUGGGCGUCGCCUUCUUCGAGGAGAAGCUCUGCGCGAUGUGCGUGCGCUGGCUCCAGGACUGUGUCUACACGAUCCGCGAGUCCGCCAUUGCCAACGUGCGUAAGCUGACCGAGCUGUUUGGGCUCGAGUGGGCGGCGGCUCACCUUAUCCCUAAGGCGACACGCACACGCACACCCACACCCACACCACACCACACCCACCCACCCCACACCGCGCGGCGCGCUCUCUCGACCGUAUCGUCGCUCGCGACCGUCGUCGGCAGCGACGUGCUCUACGGCUCGCUGCUGCCGGCGGUGCUCGGCAUGGUCAGCGACGCGGUGCCCAACGUCCGCUUCAACGUCGCCAAGACGCUGCAGAUGCUGGUGCCGCUGCUCGAGCCGGGCCUCGUCGCGUCGCAGGUCAAGCCGAAACUCCUCGAGCUCAGCGAGGAUCAUGACAAGGACGUGCAGUACUUUGCGCAGAGGGCGCUUGCAUGUUGCGGCUGA